CUCAUUGCGCAGGACCUUGGACUGAACCUGGCUGAAAGAUAGCACAUAGAUCAAAGAAGUUGAGCAAAAAAGGAUGUUGUUACUUGCUAUGUGGGGCCUUGACGACCUAUGUAUGUACUUGUAUCGGAUCUCAGGCCUAGGCCUCAGGAGCGGCGGGAGACAGUCUGAGACAGCUGCCCAAACUUGGUGACGUCGGACUUAUUUUUGGACCUGCUAAGUACUGUCACAAUACAGCCGAAUGUCACGUCGGGGUAGGAGGCGGUCGCGCCCCACAAACUGUACCGCCAACUGUUACUGAACACUCCUACUGAGUUGCCAACCACUUUAUAUUUUUUUUAUUCUUUCGACGGCGUUCAUGAGACUUACUGGCUUGAGAUUUUUUCUCUCGUACGAAUCGUUUGGUGUCUCGUCUCCCUUCGACCCAGCCUGUAGACUUGUGACAUCUCCGUUCUUUUCUCCUCUGACUCUCGGUGCACUUCGUCUACUGCUUGCUGUGUAUUCGCUCGUUACAACAAUCACUGUUCUCGUUUUUGAGUCUGUUCGUUACCACGAUGCUAGUGGUUUUUUGAGUUACUUCACCGACCUCAGUUACAUUGGUCUGGUUGCCUACUUCUGGGCCUCUAGCACUCAAACCAUCGUAUUUGCUUUGCGAGGACAGAAGUCGUACCCUCUGCAAUCAUGGCCACGGAUCCUACAGCUCUUGCACGUCCUCCUGUACUCUACUAUCACCGUAUUUCCCAUCAUCGUGACUGUUGUGUUUUGGGCUAUACUCGCUUCUUCAUCGACGUUUAGCACCCGGUACUCAGCUUGGUCCAAUGUAUCUCAACAUGCCAUGAAUAGUAUCUUCGUUCUGUUCGAGAUACUCCUGACAAAUGCUGGUCCAAGUCCAUGGAGUCACAUCAUACCAUGUUUCGUCCCUCUUGCGUGUUACCUCGGUGUUGCAUAUAUUACUCAUGCCACACAAGGAUUCUACACUUACAGUUUCCUUGAUCCGUCGACGGAGCAUGGACUUUUAGCCGCUUACAUCAUCGGCAUUGCUGUCGGCUACUGCGUUGUCUUCGCGAUCGUUAGGGGUAUCUGCACAUUGCGGUGCCGUGUGGUCUCGCGUUACCGUCGGGACUCUUCUGAACAGGUACCAUCCGAAGCUAUAGAUGAGUGGGAACAUAUCGAUAGCGAACAGCCGAAGGAGUCGACUGGAUCUGAGGCUUAAGUAUCUUUGUUUAUUGUUAUUUUCAUGAUGCAGAGCGAAUAGGUUUUGUUGGCUGCUGAUCUCUCUGGUAGUGGACUAUCCCCGGCACGUCAUAUUCGUUACUAUCACAUUGGUUAUGUAUCAUUAUGCGCGAUUGGUCAUUGAGACUUUUUCACCGAGGGGUUCUCUUUCGCACACAGGUGUCAUGUGUAUGCCCUUUGGCCCGUGUGGGAACUAGACGCUGUCGGCACCAACACAGUCGCCUGAAGCAACCACGAGCACAGUUCGCUCAUUCAAGCCACGCACCAUGGCUAGUAUACUCUGAACGCUGACUGUUCUAGAGUCUUCCCUUGGCUCAACAAGGAAAGCACCCGUCCAAGGUUUCAGAUUCACCGAAUC